AUGUCUGCACAGCAGGACCUUGCAGCAGAAACAGCACCUAAAGACUGCCCCAGAUGCCAACGUCGACGCAUCAAGUGUGAUCGCGGUCUUCCUGGCUGCAAAAAAUGUGCAAAGCGCAGCCUGGAAUGCCCAGGCUAUGGCUUGAGAUAUAAAUGGGUCCAAGGGGUCGCCAGCCGAGGGAAGCUGCAGGGAAAGUCGAUCCCCGUGCGAAAUGAAACGACACCCACAGCUGUCGCAACUCUGGCUGAUAGCCAUAUUUUGCCGUCGCUGUCCAACCCUAUGUUAGCCGAGGCCCAAACACCACAUGUCUCGCGGUUGAUUCCUUAUUUCCAAGAACGGGUUGCCCGCAGACUGGCAUGGGUGGAUGGGCCGGAUAACCCUUGGCGACUGAUGGUUAUGCCCUUAGUCGAGACUUCCGAAACAGUGCUCUCAUCUGUCCUUGCACUUACGGCACAUGAUCUGGCAUCUCAAUAUCCUCAUCACGAUCCUUGGUAUGGGAAGUUCCAGGCGAUAUCGAAAUCCUACCAAAACAAAGCUCUUGGCCUUUUGGCUCGAGAACUAGGUCUACUGCGUACAUCAUCUGCCUCCCAACCUAACACCGGAACCGCAUCUACUCUCACUUUGGCAUCUGUGAUUAUUCUCUGCAACAACGAGCUGUUGACGGCACAGACGGCGGGAUGGCGGGUACAUCUCCAAGCUGCGCGGGAGGUCAUUCGAGCAGAAAUAGAUCGACCGUAUCUACAACGAAGGGCGAAUCGCAUUGAAGAAUUUUUCAUACAGGAAUUCUAUGCGACGUCGGUGUGGACUCAAGUGACGACCUUUAAUGAGAUAGACGAGAUCGUGCAAAACCCUUUGGCUAGCAGUAGGGAUGCAGUCUUCACGGACUUCAUUCGGAUUAUUCACCAAAUUACUCAGGCAGAGCGUCUGAAGACUCGUUCUAAACUCCUGCAAAUGUCUCAAUCAUACCCCAUGCCAACCAUCGACAUCUAUACUGAACUUGAGCUAGCAAGAGGAAACGCCAUUCGCGUCAGUAAAAACAUACAAUUCUGGUCCGACACUGACCAGUGCAAUUUUGACCAUCUCGUGUGGAUGUACCACCACGCAUGUCUCAUAUACAGUUGCCAAGCGCUCUCAGAUCCCGCGACUGUCAAGUCAGUUAUCAAGUGCUCUCGCGAUGAGAUUCUAUCACAUUUGCAUUCUCUUACAGGGACCGGGAACGAAACAUUUGCGCAGGAUCUUGUUUGGCCACUCUUCAUUACUGGAACUGAAGUUCGAGAAAGCCGAGCCAGGCAGAAGAUCAUUGAGCGUGAACUCACAACAGUGAUGCGUAUCAGUCGCAUUCUUGAUAGGCAUCGCGUUCUGUCAUUCCUGCAAACCUGGUGGAACCUGCAGGAUGAUCAAUGCACGUCAUGGAUUGAGUGGGCCCGCAAGCAGUCUUUGGGAUGUGACUUUUUGAUAGUGUGA